AUGCCUCCUGCCGUGACAGACAGCCUUGACAUCUGGGCAGUGGAUUCGCAGAUUGGUGCUGAUGGCUCAAUAUCUGUGGACUUCCUAUUGCCCACUGGAAUCUACAUCAAUCUGGAUGUCCCUCGAGAUGCCACCAUUUCUCAUAUUAAACAGCUGUUAUGGAAGCAGGCACAUUCCUAUCCACUCUUUCAUCUCCUCAUGGAGAUUGACUCAUACAUGUUCUCAUGUGUGAAUCAAACUGCUGUACAUGAAGAACUGGAGGAUGAAACGCGGAGACUUUGUGAUGUUAGACCCUUUCUUCCUGUCCUUAAGCUAGUGACAAGGAAUUGUGAUCCAGGAGAAAAGUUGGAUUCCAAAAUAGGUGUCCUUAUAGGCAAAGGUCUCCAUGAGUUCGACUCCUUACAAGAUCCUGAAGUGAAUGACUUCCGAACUAAAAUGCGGAGAAUCAGUGAGGAAAAGAUUCAGUCGCUCGUGGGUCUCUCCUGGAUGGACUGGUUGAAGCACACCUACCCACCAGAGCAGGAACCUGUUAUCCCAGAGAGCUUCCAAGAUAAGCUCUAUAGUGGAAAUCUUGUAGUGGCUGUUCAUUUCGAUAACUGCCAGGAUGUAUUUAGUUUUCAGGUGUCUCCCAACUUGAAUCCCAUCAAGUUGAAUGAAUUGGCAAUCCGAAAACGUUUGACUAUCCAUGGGAAAGAAGAUGAGGAAGUUGAGCCUGCUGACUAUGUGCUGCAAGUUAGUGGCAGGCUAGAAUAUGUUUUUGGUGAUCACCCAUUAAUUCAGUUUCAGUAUAUACGCAACUGUGUGAUGAACAGGACCCUUCCUCAGCUGACUCUAGUUGAGUGCUGCACCAUAAAGAAAAUGUGCGAGCAGGAGAUGAUUGCCAUAGAAGCUGCCAUAAACAGAAAAUCAUCCAACCUUCCUCUUCCUCUGCCACCAAAAAAAACAAGAACAACAACUAGUGUGUGGGAUAUUUCCAGCCCUUUCAAGAUUACUCUGUUAAAGGGUAAUAAACUAAAUACAGAAGAAAAUGCCAAAGUUCAUGUUAGGGCUGGUCUUUUCCAUGGUACAGAGCUCCUUUGUAAAACCGUUGUAAGCACAGAAAUAUCUGGGAGAAGUGACCACGUCUGGAAUGAAGUACUAGAGUUUGAAAUAAAUGUCUGUGAUCUCCCAAGAAUGGCAAGGCUCUGUUUUGCUGUUUAUGCUGUGAUGGACAAGAUGAAAACUAAGAAGUCAACCAAGGCAAUGAAUCCUUCCAAAUACCAAACCAUUAGGAAAGCAGGGAAAGUGCAUUAUCCUGUAGCCUGGGUAAACACCAUGGUGUUUGAUUAUAAAGGACAGCUGAAGAAUGGAGAACUGGUACUGCACAGCUGGUCAUCGUUUCCUGAUGAACUUGAAGAAAUGUUGAAUCCAAUGGGAACUGUCCAAACUAACCCUUACACUGAAAAUGCAACAGCUUUGCACAUUAGAUUUCAAGAAUAUUCCAAACAGCCUAUCCAUUAUCCUCCCUUUGAUAAGAUACUUGAAAAGGCAGCUGAGAUUGCAAGAAGCAGUGACAAUGCUGCAAUGGCGGGUCGAGGUGGUAAGAAGUUUUAUAUUGUGCUAAAAGAAAUAAUGGAAAGAGAUCCUUUAUCUCAACUCUGUGAAAAUGAAAUGGAUCUUAUUUGGACUUUGCGAUAUGACUGUCGUGAAAAUUUUCCACAAUCAUUGCCAAAACUGCUGCUCUCUUUAAAAUGGAACAAACUUGAAGAUGUUGCUCAGCUUCAGGCUCUCCUUCAGAUAUGGCCCAAGCUGCUGCCUAGAGAAGCAUUGGAAUUGUUGGAUUUCAAUUACCCAGACCAGUAUGUCAGAGAAUAUGCAGUGGGUUGUUUAAAGCAAAUGAGUGAUGAAGAGCUCUCUCAGUAUCUUCUUCAGCUUGUGCAAGUCCUGAAGUAUGAACCUUUUCUGGAUUGUGCUCUCUCCAGGUUUCUGUUGGAGAGAGCACUUGCUAACAGGAGAAUAGGACAGAUGCUGUUUUGGCAUCUAAGGUCAGAGGUUCACAUACCUGCUGUUUCAGUACAGUUUGGCUUGAUACUUGAAGCUUACUGCCGAGGAAGUGUUGCUCAUAUGAAGGUGCUUGCUAAACAGGUGGAAGCCCUUAAUAAAAUGAAGACUUUAAACAGUCUAAUUAAGCUGAAUGCCAUGAAACAAAGCAAAGCAAAAGGAAAAGAUGCAAUGCAUACGUGUUUGAAACAAAAUGCUUACAGAGAAGCACUUUCUGACCUCCAGUCUCCUCUGAACCCUUCUGUUAUCCUUUCAGAGCUGCAUGUUGAGAAGUGUAGAUAUAUGGAUUCUAAAAUGAAGCCUCUGUGGAUAGUAUACAACAACAAAAUGUUUGGAGGAGAUCUUGUAGGGAUCAUCUUUAAAAAUGGUGAUGAUCUCCGACAGGACAUGUUGACACUCCAGAUCUUGCGUUUGAUGGACAUACUUUGGAAAGAAGCUGGUCUGGAUCUCCGGAUAUUGCCCUAUGGCUGUUUAGCAACUGGAGAUCACUCUGGCCUUAUUGAGGCUGUUUCUAGCUCAGAAACCAUUGCUGACAUUCAGUUAAAUAGCAGCAAUGUUGCUGCUGCUGCUGCCUUCAACAAAGAUGCUCUCUUGAACUGGCUGAAGGAAUACAAUUUAGGAGAUGAUCUGGAUCGAGCCAUUGAAGAAUUUACUCUGUCUUGUGCUGGCUACUGUGUAGCUACUUACGUACUGGGAAUUGGUGACAGACACAGUGACAACAUCAUGGUCAGAAAAAAUGGUCAGCUCUUUCAUAUAGAUUUUGGGCAUAUUCUUGGAAACUUCAAGUCCAAGUUUGGCAUUAAAAGGGAACGGGUACCUUUCAUACUUACCUAUGAUUUCAUCCAUGUUAUUCAACAAGGAAAAACAGGGAACACUGAAAAGUUUGGUCGAUUCCGCCAGUAUUGUGAAGAAGCUUACUUGAUUCUGAGAAAACAUGGAAACCUAUUUAUUACACUCUUUGCACUGAUGUUAACUGCAGGGCUUCCAGAACUAACCUCUGUCAAGGACAUCCAGUAUCUCAAGGACUCUCUUGCCUUAGGGAAGAGUGAGGAAGAAGCACUAAAGCAAUUUAAGCAAAAGUUUGAUGAAGCACUCCGGGAAAGUUGGACUACUAAAGUGAACUGGAUGGCUCACACUGUGCGAAAAGAUUACAGAUCCUAGAAGAUGUUCGCCUUUGCACUAAUCUGAAUGUUACCUUGAG